AACAACUGAAAGUCACCAGUCAACACGGUCACUCGUCAAACUGAAACACCGGAACUUUCUUGGCGGAGUUGUUUCUACGGGGAUCAUAAUUGAAGCAGGAACGUCAAACUACCAAAACAGUUUCGGUAUUCAAAGUUAUUUCAUUUCGUGUCGUAAAUGAGCUAAAAUGUUUAAACUAUGCAUGCUUAUGUGUUUUUUUAGCUAAAAUCCGGAACUUCCACUGACUGCCAAUCUAUAGAGAUGAAUAGUAAAGUCACGACAGUCAGUUUAACAUUAACAUGAUCUCUCUGUUGACUCUGUUCUCGCUGUAAGGACGAGGUGCGUUCACGUACCGGCACCGAAAAUGGUUUUACUAAGUUUCAGUCUGAUAAGGAGCGCUCGGUUCUGUUCCCGUCCCGUAAAUCUGACACGGAGCCUCCUUCAGAAACCUCCCAUCAUCUGUAAGAGAGCCACACAGUCUGUAUACCUCAGAGCUGCUCCACCUGUCUCAUUCUACACCAAUGGGAGGACGGUGUGUUUACGGACCACCUCACUGCUGCACCCGGCACCCGUGCUGACCCGGUGCAGACUCCACUUUCACACGUCGGCCCAUGUGAGGGCCCUUCCACUGCCCCUCCUGUGGCUGCUGCUCAAACCUCUGCAGAAGCUCACAGCUAUAAUCUUGGGCAGGAGUAUCAGGAAAUGGUGGGUGGCUCUCCCAGCAAACCGUCGGCAGCUGAUGCGGGUGUGGGCAUGGCAGCGGCGGUGGUAUCUGGCAGCUGGGGCAGGCGUUACCAUGGUCAUUGUAGUCCUUCUUCUCCUGACCCACCUGGAUGAGUCUCCAGUGACGGGACGGACACGCCUCCUGGUGGUUGGCAGAGAGAAGUACAUGGAGCUGGCUGCUCUGAUGUCAGAGGCGUAUGUGGAGGAGUUUAAAGAGCUGAUGGUCCCAGCUUCUGACCCCCGUCACCAGGCGGUGGAGAUGGUGGUGCAGCACAUGGUAAAGAGGAACGAGGACAUCCCAGAGGUGUGUGAUGUCCCCUGGACCGUCCACGUGGUGCAGAGUCCCGACGUCAACGCCUUCGUCCUCCCCAAUGGGAAGGUGUUCAUGUUCACAGGGAUGUUGGAGGCUGUCGCGGAUGUUCACCAGCUCUCCGUCGUCCUGGGACACGAGAUGGCUCAUGCUUUACUGGGACAUAGUGCAGAACAGGCCAGUCUGUCCCACGUGGUCGACCUCCUGUCUCUGAUUCUGCUGAUGGCCAUCUGGGCUGUGUGUCCUCAGGACAGCCUGGCCCUGCUGGGACAGUGGGUCCAGAAAAAGGUCACUGAGUUGAUGUUCGAUCGUCCGUACAGCAGGAAACUUGAAGCUGAGGCGGAUGAAGUGGGACUGCAAUUAGCUGCAAAGGCGUGUGCAGAUGUGAGAGCAGGCCCUGUGUUCUGGCAGCAAAUGGAAAUCAGAGACCAGCUGACAGGAGAACCUGAACUCCCUGAGUGGCUGUCCACACACCCCUCACACAGGAACAGGUACACUCAGAUGGACCGCCUUAUUCCACAGGCUCUGGAGCUGAGGGAGAGCUGCGUCUGUCCAGCUCUUCCUGCCACUGACCCUCGAGCCGUCUUCUCCCAGAGCGUCAAAGUGUUGCUAGAAAAUGCCAAGAACCAGCCGAGUGGAGGGCCAGAGGGGGCCCAGAAACGCCCCCUGCCCCGCAUCACGGCCUCAUCGCUCCCCUCUGGACUGUCUGUAGCUCUCCUCGCACCAACUGUACCUCCUGCAUCUCCAGCACCUCUACCUCCUGCUUCAACUGAAGACAGCCAAGAAAGUAAAGUAUCAGAGGUAGAUGUUCCUGCUCCUGCUGAGGGGGGAGGAUCCAUGCAGGGGAGGCAGAGCACCAGUUGACAGCACAGAGUCACAAACUGGUUAGCUAUCAAGUUCAAUGAACUAUUUAUAGAAGCUAUAAGUUUAUUUUUAUGGUCUUUUAAAUUUCCCACCUCUUUGCUGCUUUGGGUUUGGGCGCAAACUUCAGAUUAUUUUAAAUAUUGAUGCUCAAUUCUUCUUGGCAAUAAAUGGACAAGUUGAUAAUCAAAUAA